AUGUCUGAAACCUCUGAGGUUAUGGAUAUGUUAGGAUGCAAUGAAAUCAUACAAAACUUUAUAAAUGGGAGUGAAUAUAUUGAUGAGCUUGGGUAUGCGGAAAAAGGGAAAUCCAUAGCAAAUGCUCUUGAGGACCUGAAGGCAAAUUUCUAUUGUGAACUAUGUGACAAGCAGUACCACAAACACCAGGAGUUUGAGAACCACAUAAAUUCGUAUGAUCAUGCACACAAACAGAGACUAAAGGAAUUAAAACAAAGGGAAUUUGCUCGCAAUGUUGCCUCAAAAUCUUGGAAAGAUGAAAAAAAACAGGAAAAGGCACUUAAACGUCUCCAUGAGCUGGCAGAGUUACGAAAACAACAAGACUGUGUUACAGAUGGCAACUCAAUAUUUAAAACUCCAAGGUUACAAGGACCUCAAGAAACGUUCUUCACAAGCAAAGAUAGCAGAAUCAAUGGUUCAAGCUGUACUGUAUUAUGUAAAGGAGAAACUGUAUCCAACAGCAGCAUAUCAGAGGAAAAGCAAGACAUUUUAUUUGGUACAAAUGUACUAAAUAAUGGCAGAUGUUGUUUUGUUGGUAAUCAAACUAAACUACCUUUUGCAAAUGGAAUCAAUGUCAACAACCGGGCAGGAGUUUCAUUCUGCUUCUCGAAAAAGGCUUUACUUAAGCUAGAAUCUUCUGCAUCAGUUUUCAAUGAGAACACUGAAGAAGUAAAUGAAGGCACUCAGUUCCUGAAUCAUAAAGCAAAGCAAAUGUCUGUAAGCUUUAGACACUAUGCACAUAUGGAAGAAAAUACAAGAGAUGCUAGCCCAUUGGCUCUUCAACACGAAACUGAAAACUCUAUGCAAGGUGAAAUGCCUGCAAAUGUUAAAAUAUUGAAAGACACAAAUAGUAGUGAAGAUAUAACAAAAGAAACAAAUGAAAUUGAUCAAUCAAAUGUAAACGUUGAAACACUGUCUUUUGAUUUGAAUGACAGUGAGACUUUGAAUGAAACAGAAGAUGCAAAUAAUAGUUUAAAGCCUGAGGAAACUUUGGAGGCAUCUGAAACAAUCCAUUAUCCAGAUACUCAUUGCGAUAAACAGGAUGAUAGUUUAAAUGAGCACAUUGUUCCUGAGUCAAAAUUAACAGAUCACCUUUCAGAUAAUCUUAAACAAACAAAUACUGAAGAUGACCUAAGUGACAAUUCAAAUAUUGAACCUUUAGACUCAUCUAUUGAGGCUUCCAAAAAUCCCACUGCAUGUCAAGAACCCCCUAUAGCUGAACCUUUAAAUGACAAUACCCAAUGUAAAGCAAUGCCUUUUCUAAAUGUUUUAAGCAAAGAUGGCAGUACCAAUUUGCAGUGGCCUACUGAAUUACUUUUAUUUACAAAAACUGAGCCUUCAAUUUCUUAUGCCUGUAAUCCAUUAUAUUUUGAUUUUAAAUGUUCUCGAAAGGAUAGGAUUAGAAAGGCAAAUGAGAGAACAAAAACUAGUGAGGAUCAAGACAAGUCUAAAACUACAAAGGAGAAAAAAGCCUCAGGUAUUAAUACAGAUGGAGAACUGCAAAUUGAAAAAGAUAGUCAAUCAUCAGAACCAAAGAGAGAAAAUCUUCUCUUAGAGGAAAUGCCUGAAAAAGUCUGUGAAUCUUUUAACAAUUACGGAAUAACAAAAGAAAUCAUACAAAAAGCUAGCUUAUAUAAUUUGCAUGAAAAUGCAGCUCAUGUACCUUCCCACCUUUCUGCUUCACAAAAAUCUAUGUUUAAAGAAAGAAACUAUUCAACGAAACGCAAAAGAUCAUUCUAUGAUAUGUCAGAUAACAGCAAAGACUCUCUUGACAACAGAGUUAAUAAAUAUAAUUUUCUUUCCAAAGAAGCUUCAAAAAAUAAGCAUCAUAAGUCUUUGCAUGAUUAUCAGUUGAAUAUAAAGGAUACUGGUGACCGUAUCUGCUGUAACAGCCCAAAUCAAAGUCAGAAUAAAACCAGUCCUAAUGUAAAUGAAAAUGAAAAGGACAUUCCUUGGGAUUUAUCAAGUUAUUCAUCAAGUUCCAAUAAUAAAGAGUCAGAUAUUGAAAGUGACGGAAGUACUGUAAAAAGCUGGAGAUCAUCCUCAUCACAAAUAUCUCCAUCUCACAAAGUCUUUCUUCAUUCUGAUUCUUCCAUUAGUGGGAACUUAACAUGUAAGCAGGACAGUUUUAACAGUCAUAAAGAAAGUCAUAACACUAAUAUGAGAGGGAAUUGUUUAAGAAGAAAGCACAAAUAUGACACAUUAACUGGCAUCGAACACACUUCCUAUAUUUCUGACAAAAGACAGAAAUCUAGGUGUAGAUAUUUAAAGCACAAAACACUUACAGAUAUACCAAAAUGUGAAACUCCAAAUCAUCAUUUAUGUUCCCAGUAUAUCAGAACUGAACAUCGUUACAAGAAGAAAUAUAAAAGUAUUAUACAUAAAAUACCACAUUCAAGAGAAGCAAGCAUUGGGGAAAACCCUACAUCAAUAAGGACAGACCUAAACAACACUAGAGUGUUCUCAAAAGAAAGAACUUUCAUUAUUGGAGAGCAUACAGGAGAUACCUUUAACACUUCUGAGGCACGCAAAGCAUCAUAUAAAUGUUAUUCACAAAAUAUAAUUGCUCUUUCAGGAAACUGUAGUAACAGGACUUCAGAAAAUAUUGUAAAGCAUAUAAUAGUAAAUGAGAAGAAAACAUUGAUUGCCAAAUUGCUUCUAGAAAGAGGACUCACUCAAGAAGAAGAGGAAAAUAAAUUAACCUCAAGGGAUUGUACUACAGGUGGUGGCAUUGAAUUGAAAAGUCCUUCUCAAAGUUACUUUGAAGUAAAAUUUCCCCAUUCUUCUCAUUGUCCAUCAAUCUUACCUAUGUUGGAAAAUGUAACAUCUAGCAGCAAAAGAAAUUCUUAUGGUACAGAUCACAUAAAGGAACAUGGAUUUAGCAAUAGCAAAACUGAUGGAACACAAGGGUAUGGGGUAACAGUUACAACUAACACUGAUAAAUGUAUUUUUAAAGAUAUAAUCCAUGUGGACACAGAGUGUCGAACCUUGAAUAAUGAAACUCCAGUUUCUGUUGGAGAACAAUCAAGACAAUUAAUUACUGAAGUAAAACCCUUUAUGCAAAGCUCUGAUCCCAUUCACCUUAAUUUCUCAUGUGCUUUGCCCUCUCUUCCUCAUUCAGGUGGGACUAAAUCAUCAGAGACCAAAGACCAACCAGAAAGACUGGGACUUCAUGAUGUUACUAUGAAAUCAAGUCCAGUGGAAGGAAAUGUAAAAUGCUGUUAUGACAGUACUAUGCAGGACCUUAGUAGAAUUGAAAGUAAUCAUAAACUGUAUCAUAAACCAACAUCUCCUCCACUCACACAACAGCCAAUAACAUUUUCACCUGAGGAAGUAGAUAAGUACAGGUUAUUGCAGUUACAGGCACAGCAACAUAUGCAGAAACAGCACUUAUCAAUGCACUUCAAAGUACUGCCUAGUAAUGGAUCAUCUGUUUUCCCAAACACACAAACUCUUCAGCCUGUGCAGCAUCAUCCUUCCAUUACAACCAUCCAUCAUGCACUUAUGCAGCGUUAUGCUGUUACAGCAGCUAUGCAUUCACAACCUAAUCAUCUUCCUGUACCUCACCUAAAUCCUUUCCCUCAAUCACAUUUUUCUCCAAUUAUUUCCUCAUUAGCACCAACCAUAAUUCCAACACACCCAGCAUUUAUAGCUGGACAUCCAUUGCAUCUAGUCUCUGCCACUGCAAUUCACCCCACACAACUGACAAUUCAAGCAUUUCCACACACUGCCCUCAUCCCUACUCUUCUCGCACCCCACCCAAAUACAGCUAUACAUCCUGCUAUACACAUACAUCCAUUAAUCCAUCCAUUGUUUCAAGGACAGGAAUAUCAUCAAUACACAUCAAACCAACCACACUAA